AGUUUGUCAAGACGUUGACAGAUAAGUUGGAGGGUGAAAAUCAAGAGAACUUCAAGAAGAACAUUGAGCCAGCAGUAAAAUUCCUGAUUUCAAAGCUCAGUGACCUUCAAUUUUUUGUGGCUGAACACACUAUGUUUUCCUCAUUAUCAAACUUCCAGGUGUCAUCUUUUGAUCAACCUCCACUUUUUACUAACCCUUCUAUUGAGUUAUUUCCUAGUGACUCUAAUGCAAAUACAUUUGAUGAGCUCCAUGAUGCCUUUCAACAUUCUCCAUCUAAUUCUAUCGAAGAUGUUCUACCUGCUGGCAAUGUAUUAGACAAUGCUGAGUCUUCUUCCCUUACCUCUUCUAUAUCACCUAUUGGAUCUAACCCUGUUGAUCUUAAGCCUGAAAAUGAGAUCCUUAAUCCACCUUCAAGUCAUCCUACUCAGCAAGCUAUGCAAGAUGAAUUACAAGCUCUUGACAAAACCUAUACAUGGGAUUUGGUUGAUCUUCAUGUUGGAAAGCCUCUAGUAGGUUGUAAAUGGGUGUACAAGAUCAAAACUCAAUCUAAUGGUUCCGUGAAGCGUUAUAAGGCUCGUUUGGUUGCUAAAGGAUUUACUCAGGAAUACGGGAUUGAUUAUGACAAAACCUUUGCACCUGUUGCUCGUCCUACUUCAAUUCAUAGUUUGAUUGCUAUUGCUACUACAAAAAGAUGGAAAUUGUUUCAGAUGGAUGUGAAAAAUGCCUUUCUAAAUGGUGAUCUUGCAGAGGAAGUUUACAUGAAACCACCUCCUAGACUUGAGCAUCCUCCAAACAAAGUUUGCCGAUUAAAGCGAGCUUUGUAUGGGUUGAAACAAGCACCUCGAGUCUGGUUUGCGAAGUUUAGUACCACCAUCAGUGAAUUUGGUAUUGUUUCUAGUCCUUAUGAUACUGCACUGUUCUUAUGCAAGACUGAUCAUGGUAUGGUUCUACUACUUCUUUAUGUUGAUGAUAUUUCAGGUAUUCAUGAUUUUAAGCAAUUUCUCAGUCAUAAGUUUGAGAUGAAAGAUCUUAGUGUUUUGAGCUAUUUCUUGGGCCUUAAGGUCACCUCUUCUGAUGAUGGUUAUCUUCUCUCUCAAACAAAAUAUGCUUCUGAUCUUAUAUCUAAAGCUGGAGUCACUAACAGUAAGACUGCAUCUACUCCUUUUGAGCCUAAUGUUCAACUUACAUCCAUGGAUGGUUCUCCAUUAAUUGAUCCUACUCGCAACAGACGAUUGGUUCGAAGUUUGAUUUAUCUCACUACAACACGACCAGACAUAGCUUAUGCAGUUCAUGUUGUUAGUCAGUUUAUGGUUACACCUUGCUCCACUCACUAUGCAACAGUAUUUCACAUUAUUCGAUAUAUUAAAGGUACCAUGUUUAAUGGACUUCACUUUUCUGCUCAUUCAUCUCUUAAACUUCGUGUUUACUCUGAUGCUGAUUGGGCUGGAGACUCUAAUGAUCGUAAAUCCAUCACUAGAUAUUGUUUUUUCCUUGGUGAUUCCUUAAUCUCUUGGCGUAGCAAGAAGCAGACAGUUCCAUCAUGUUCUAGCAUAGAGGUUGAAUAUCGAGCACUUGGAGACACCACAUCAGAGUUACUUAAUUUACGUUGGCUACUAGAAGAUAUGGUUGUUUCUUAACUGCUUGCUACUAAUCUUUAUUGUAACAAUCAGAGUACCAUGCAGAUUGCUCAUAAUGAUGUCUUCCAUGAACGCAGUAAACACAUUAAGGUUGACUGUCACUUUGUUCGCCAUCAUGUUGCACAAGGAACUGUUCAUUUGGUUUUAUUGGCUCCGUUGAUCAACCAGCAGACCUUUUCACUAAAGCUCAUUUUCCUGG